AUGGGCAUUGCUAAAUACAUCGGUUGGUCAAAUAGACAAUAAAUCGGCAAUUUCGUGGCUGAGCACGUAUCAGCCAAAAACGCUAUUCUUCCCGCAAUUCUUACCUAAAAUCAUAUUAAAAAGAAAAGUUAACCUCUAGAAAUUCUCCAAAAAAUAACAGUCAGUUUCGACCUGUCGCGUCCGCAUACAGUCUUACAAUGCAACCAUAAACGAUGAAAUUUAUGUACGUCCAGAAAACGCGCCAUUGAUAAGAUGGCAUUAGUGUAGUAAAAUUAGAAAAGCUAUAAAGUAAAACCGUAUAAAAAAUACAUAAUAGUAUUUAAACGUCUUUUAAAAGUUUUGCAGUAUUUUAUUGUUAUAAACGUGUCAUCAAGACUGAUUUUUAACAAGAUUAAUAAAGUAAACUAAUAAAUAAAAAAGCUAAAAUUCUAUUUAAACAAAACAUAAAAUUCAUUUAAAAUAUUUUUUUGUGUUUUACUUUACUUUAGCAGUUAAUUAUGAAUGUCACGAUGAUCACUUUUUUAGACACGAUAGAAAAGUUAAUAUUCCAAAAAUAAAAUAUUUUCAAAACCUAAAACAUGCAUAUUGUCUCUUUCUUUAACAAUACUACCGCUUUUACAAUCGCGCGAUAUAUGUAACAGGGAAACACUUGACCAUCAAGGGGAAAGAAAAAGUUGAUACGCAUCAGCUUUUUUGGCGAAAUUAUUUAGACAUUUAUUUGGGGUGAACAUGUAAUGAACAUGCUUUUAAAGCCAAAAUAUUUUGAAAUUAUGUUUUUUAUAUUAUAACAAACCUAUUUUUACUUUAUUUUACCGUUCUAUUAAGCCGGAGAUUCCGAUCGGCGAAUUGAUGCAUGUGGCAUCAGAAGGCAAAAAGUAAGUUUUGUUUAUUUUUAGCUUAUUCUUUAUUUAGUACAACGUCUUCAAGAACAAGCUUCGAGAUGCUUUCGACGAGCACGGUCAUGACAAUAUGCGAAAUCUUAUAAUCGAUGACGACUUGCAGAAUCAAGUCAAAAAUACGAUGAUUAAACUUCAGUCGGUUUUGUUCAUAUUAAAUAGGUGAGUUUUAAAUAUUAAUGAAAGGUCUUUAAUGGUUUUGAGGGUUUAUUUUAGGAAAAAAAUUGUUUUUUACGUAUUAUGUUGUUGUAGGCAUGAAAGAUAGUGAAGACUCGUAUUAUUGCUAUAACUGUACUGAAAAGGUGUUUAGAAACUUGAGAGUUUGUGCAAUGUUAGAUUAUAAAGUUUUUUAGUUAAUACCAUAAAAAGCGAGUUUAAUUUAACCUUCUCAUUUUCAGUAUGAAUCUACAAGGUGAAUUAUCUGGCCUGGUCGGUAAGACGUCAGAAUUGUACGAUGAAAUUGGUCGAGCAACAAAAGGAAGUGAUGAAUUUACUGUCAGUAACAUCAAAUUCCCAGUUUACGAUGAUACAGCUUUCGAUUUGAUAUUUGGAAGUGCAAACAAGGACGAAGAGGUAUCAAUAUCGAAUGUUCAGGAGUUGAAGCACGCCUUUUCCCAGAAGAUGAACCAGUUUAUGGAAGAAGCCAAUAAAUUGCUAGAGGAAUAUCGUACCGUUAUGGACGACUUGAAAACUGGUAAGUUUCAUUUGAUUCCUUAAAGGAUUUAAAAAAGAAAGUUUUCCUGAUAACUUUUUAUGCUCUUUCAUCCUAUAUAGGUUUUGUUCGAGAAGCCUAGGGAUAUUUGGUGACAUUUCCUAGUUAGCGAGAAUUUCGCUGGAUUUACAAAUACUCUAAUCUGAAUUAAAUAUAUUUUUUUAGUUCGUCUUCUGAAUAAUCAAACAGAAAUAUUGGACAAAAUUGUAGAAAGUUCAAAUCACACCCAACAGAAUGUUCUUCAAGAAAUCAAAAGGCAGAGUAAAAUUGAUGUAAGUAUUUCUUUACAAUUUGGUUAGGUACGUUUUUUGCGUAACGCAUACCAAUGGGCGAUUCAAAACACUUUUCUUUUUUGGGCGAUUUCUUUAAAGGCGAUUUUUUAUGGGCUAUUCAAAACACUAAUCGUAUAUAACAUUACCAUAUACUAUUAUAUCCACGAUUAAAGUAGGGUAGUUAAGUGAGGCUCAUACCCAUAUUUAUACCCCUACCCGGCGCUAAAAUAAAUGCGGUUUUUGGACAUUUGCGGAUUUUUAAUUUUUUUAAAUUUAAUUUAGCUUUAGUAUGGUACUGAAGGUUCAAAUUGGUACUGUUUUAAUAUUUUUUGGUACUAAAUAUUACUAAAGUUCAAAUUGGUACUGUUUUUAUAUUUUUUUGGUACUAAAUGGUACUAAAGGUUCAAAUUGGUACAGUUUUUAUAUUUUUUGGUACGUACCCCCCAAAAAAAAAUUUCAAAAAAAAUUUGAACGUGGUCGCACCUGUGGAUUUUUGGAAAAAAAUUUUUGAAAAAAAUCGGCACAGGUAGCUGGUUUUAUUUAAACAAUUUGGCGAUGUUACGACGGAUGGACUUAUAAAUUUAGAAUGUAGGACUGUUUGAAGCUUUUCUACCAUAAUAUUAAAAAACUUAAUAUGUUGCAUUAGUCUGUCGUCAAAGUCUUCUCCACCCAGAUGAGUGUUUCCAGCGGUAGCCAAUACUUCAAACAAGGACUCAUGUUUCAAGAUGCCAAAACACUGCAAAGAAAUUUCUUUUUUGUUUUUUGUUGAUUCUAUCGCGGAUUCUGGUCUAAAUGCUUCAAGUAUAUUUUAUAUAACUGUUGCUAAGCAUUUAAUUUAUAGGAGCAGCGACGAAAGUAUGUUGUUCUUUGCGCCUUUAUUUGCGCAGCCGCUGGCAUCUUCCUAAUUUGGCUUUUGAAGAGAAAUUGA